CACGUUGGGAACAACUCUGCUUUAGUAGUACCGCACAUGUCGAAAGCUAUUAAUCGUGUCACUCUUACUGUACAUAAAUAAACACACACACACACAUCUAUACAUACAUAUAGCAUUCUGUAGCAGAUAAUAAUAAUAAUAAAGACAGCAUGUCUAUUUCUCCAUUUAAUUCGACUGUGAUUGCACCUUAUCAACAGAACAGAAAACAGGACUCUAUUUGAUUUGUAAAAGGUUGAUAGUUGCAAUAGAGACAUUAGUCUCUCUCUAUCACCUUUCAACAUAAUUAUAUAUGAAGAAACAGUAGAACAAUUAACAACAUAAUAAAAAUAAGUUGUAUUUUUGAUGAUGAUCCCGUGUUAUUCAGCUUAGCAGCCGCUGAUUGAUUUUUAUUUGGUAUCGGAAGGUUAAGAGCUUCCUUGAUGUAUGCCAGACGAGCAAGUAGCUAUCAAAUCGAUGGCAUCGUGGUGAAGAGUGCCUCGUUGAGGAGCAAGAUGUCACGCCGAAGGUGUAGUGCUCAAGAGGUUUAGAAAGUGAAACAAACUCUUUGAUUACUAGUUUUACUACGCAUGCGCACUCGAGGGGCUUCCGGAAAGGCAAGUCCCUUGCGCACAUGCAGAUAGUACGUCCUCAACGGCGGCUAUAAUUUUGCGCCCCUACAUAUUAUAAAUAAACAACAUCGCCAUCAGGAAGCCACAACAAUCGAUAACAUGAUCAAGAAAGCGUCGAUGUCUCAGAAAGCGUCGAUGUCUCAGAAAGCGUCGUUGUCUUAUUAUAAAAGGGCUAUCAACAGUUUCAGACAGGAAACCUGUGCCGAAAACAAAAGUAUUUUCUUGCUCAAUGUCCUCCGCCAGUUGAAGACAGAACUCAGUGUGUGCCAGAACCAGACUGUAAGUCACUAUGUGGAGACAUUCUUGAAGAGUGCUGAGCCAAAGCAUCUGUUUUUUAUGUGGGAGAUGAUACGCUCCAAUUGGAUGGAGUUCUGCACCGACCGUUGUGCAAGCCACGUCCUGCAUAAAACCCUCCUGUUGCUGCCGGCCACAUUUGAUGUUGACCCGGCAGAGCUCCACGUCGACGACGAAGAGGAGAUCAAGAGCUAUGCAGAAGACGACGCUGUCGGUGAUGACGAUGGUGGUGGUGGUAAGAUAAAAUGCAAGAAGAAGGCAGGGUCAAAAAAGGAAUCGGUGUCAGCACGUGAAUCGUUUCUACAGUUCUGUGAGUUCCUUGAUGACAACAUCGAGACAUUCAUUACCGAUGUCUAUGCCAGUCACAUCGUCCGUGUCUCACUUCAUGUCUUGGCCAAUAAAUCGGUGAAAGAUACGACCACCACCAAGGGACAUAAGUUUCAAAAAGACGCAAAAGAUUUCCAACUGAAAAUUGCAGAUGAUGACGAGAAUUUCAUAAAAUGUUUUUUAAAAAUAUCGAAACAUAUUUGCGCAUUGGAGAACAUAUACUCAUUUUUCACACACGAAUUAGCCAAUCCAGUCAUUCAGGUUUUAGUGCAUCUCACGAUGGAACUGGAUCAGGACGUUGGUAAAAAACUGUGUAGCAGAAUCAUCAAAUUGUGUGGAUUUCUAGACAUUCCCCCCAUCGAUCCGGACACGGCACUUAUAGAUCCCUCCAGGUUGCCAGAUCUGAUGAUGAAUCCUGUGGCCAGUUAUCUUGCUGAGGAGCUGUUACGAAGCUGUACGAACAAUGUCUACCUGACGUGGUACGAAUGUUCCUUCAAGGAGCGGCUGGUAGCUUACGCCGUCAACGGUGCGUCCAGCUACGUCCUUCAUCACGUCAUUGACCGCUGUGUCAACAAAGGCAUGCUGAAGGUGAUCUAUGCUGAGCUGGAACCCUACAUUGAAGACAUCCUGGCACUUAAUCAAAUGGGAGUCAUCAAAAGUUUGGCAAACAUCUGCCAAAAAUUUGGUUGCAAACAGAAGAAAUUUGUUAAUUCCUUAAUGAAUGCAUUUCACUGCUCUGAGGAAGAAAGGAGAAAAGAUUUUGUCCUGCUUUUGUUGGUCAUGAAAACCCACGACAGAUACUUCAGUUCUGACAACGCUGACACCAACACCGUUACGGAGACACCCGACAGCAGCACGAGUGGAAGCCAGCAGUCAAGUCUCCCCAACCCAAUUGAUAUCCACGGAUCAAUGUUAGUCCAGACGUUACUCAGGUUCUCCAGUCCGCAAAUCAUCGUCUCCAGUUUCCUCAGUCUCUCCGCUGAGAUCCUCCUAGAUAUAGCUUGUGACUUUCAUGGGCAACAUAUAAUGAAACAGUUCUUUGAAAGCGCUUCUGUCUCAGACAAGGACAAAGACGAUUUGCUCAAUGUGUUUCACCCCCUACUGUUGAGGAUGGCUUGUUCCAAAUUUGGCAGCCGAACAUGUCAGUCGAUGUGGCCCAACUUCAACAUUGAUCAGAGGGUCCGGGUUGCCAGGAUACUGUCUAAGCAGAGCAUCCACCUACGCAAGCACUGGUAUGGGGCCUUCGUCUUUCACAACUUCCAGCUCCAUUUAUUCCUCAACAGCAACAAGCGGUGGCGGAUGAGUCAGAGUUCAAAAGCCAAGAAACGGAAAGUCUUUGCUGAUAUCUUAGACAAGAACAAGGCUGCCACGGUUUCAAAUGAAGAUAAAGGGGAAGAAGACAUUGAACAGUGUGACGAAGAAUCGUCUGCAGAAAAGAGUCAACCCAAAACCAAAAAACUAAAAACCUCCAGUUCUGAGAAGUGAAAUUGUGAAAUUAAAACAAAAAUUAUGAUCUUGAAUUAAAUUUAUAUUUCUAAUUAAAA